GGUUAGAAUUUGUUGUUUACCAUUGUUUACAUUACAAAAAGUUAAAACUUUGCAUUUUAUUAAUAAAAAAUAUCCAACCACUACGAUAUAAGGCAAUAAUUAUUACUAUACAAGAAGUAAAAAUGUUGCUAUUUGUUUUAAUAUGUUUUCUAACAUACUUAAGUAAUGUGAUAUUAUUCAAUCUGAAUGAAUUAAAUAUUCCGCCGGAGCAUAUUCCUUACAUUCUGAAUUCGUUCCCUAUCUUAGCCGAAUCAUGUGUAGCUAAUUCUGAAUGUCCCCAUAAGAGUGUCGUUGGUAAAAAUGUUUGUUGGGGCUAUGAAACUAACUGUAAUAAAAGUAAUUCAUAUCAUGUAAGACCUCGAUGCCCGGGAGAUCAUAGAGGCUGGGUAAAAACGAAAGAAGCACAAUAUGAUACCUUUUAUACUCAGGCUGAUUUUGGUUAUAUAAAGGAACAGAUUCAAGAAUUGAUGGUAAUGUGUAAAGCAUCAUAUCCUAGUGAUAGUUCUCUAGAAUGUUCAAAGUAUCUGAGAUUUUGUAGAGGUCGGAACUUAAUGCUCAAUUUUACUAGUCUUACAGGCAGAGGUGAUAAUCUUAGAUAUAAAAUGGAUAUUCUUGGUCCUGGUCAAAUAGGAGGCCACUGCCAUUUAUACUCUGAAAGAUUAAAGCAAGAGUCAGAACACAUGAGUGCUUUACAGUCUUGGGCACCAGAGAUGGUUAAUUUUGUUAAAACAUUACAAAGACCCAUCUCAGAUGGAAUGUGUGAUAUUACUAUUGAUAAGCCAACAUAUAUUAUGAAAUUAGAUGCCACUGUAAAUAUGUACCAUCAUUUCUGUGAUUUCUUCAACUUAUAUGCUUCACUUCAUGUGAACUCUACACACCCAUCCACCUUCAGUAGAGAUAAUCAUAUUCUUAUUUGGGAGACUUUUACGUAUGAAUCCGCAUUCAAAGAUGCUUUUAAAGCAUUCACUAAGAAUACUAUUUGGGAUUUGAAAAAGUUCAGGGGUAAAGUGGUGUGUUUCAAAAAUGUGGUGUUUCCACUUCUGCCUCGCAUGAUAUUUGGGCUAUACUAUAACACACCUUUGAUAUAUGGGUGUGAAAGAAGUGGUCUCUUCCAUGCGUUUUCCAAACAUUUGCUCCACUCUUUAAAUGUUAAACUACAUCUGAGAAGUAAUGAUAAAGUAAGAGUCACAUUGCUUUCGAGAGGGACCGCGUAUCGCAGUAUAUUGAAUGAGCAGGCGAUUGUUGAAGCAUUAUUAAAAAUCAAAGGCUAUCAUGUGCAAAGAGUGAUGUAUGAUAGAACAGUGCCAUUCUCGGAGCAGUUGGAAAUAACGCACAACACUGAUGUUUUCAUUGGCAUGCAUGGUGCUGGCUUGACACAUUUAUUGUUCUUACCUGACUGGGCAGCCGUUUUUGAAGUAUAUCACUGUGAGGACCCCAACUGUUACUCAGACCUAGCUAGACUUCGGGGACUUAAAUAUGUCACAUGGGAAGAUAAAACCAAACUGAAACAACAAGACCAGGGACAUGGGCCUGGUGGUGUUUCACAUUCGAAAUUUACAAAUUACUCCUUUGACGUGGAAGAAUUUUUACGCUUAGUGGAAAUAUGCGCUGCCUAUGUGCGCAAUCGGCAGGAUUUUAAUAAUUUCAUUGCAGCAUCAACAUUGAAACAAUCCCACGAAGAACUUUAACACUAGUUAUUUUUAUUUUGUUUUCCUUACGCCUUUAG